AUGAACGGAACAGGAGGAUUCGCUGUGCCCCAGCAGCAACCCCAGCCAUAUUCCCCCCCGUCUGGCGGCCAGAUCGCGCCUGGAUCCAUCACUUACACGACAUCCACUAGUGCAGAUGGUCAGGUUACAUAUCAUCCAUUCAGUUAUCAGACAGCCCAAGGCGUUGUGCAUGGUAUCCAAUGGGUCCCUGCCGAAGCCACACAGAUCCUUCCAGCAGGCGCUCAACCUGCCAAUGCUGAAUUUGCUGCAUCCUGGAAUCGCAGCGGUUUGAGCAGGGAAGACGAGAGGGAUCUCGAAAAAUGGCAUCGCUCAGAAGAGAAGCGCAGAAAAAAGGAAGAGAAGGCAUCCUUGAAGAAUAUCUCGAAACAGUUUGAAAGGGACGAAAUGGAGAUCCGCAUGGCGCGCGAGAGGGAUACUCAUGCGAUAGGACGCAAAAGGAGUUUCUACGGAGAAGCACCUCCCCCUGUGUACCCGCCGGGUACCGCUGCAUACGGCGCCUACAGCAGUGCAGACCUUGACCGCAGAUUCGGAGAUCUUGACAUAGACCGCAAGGAUUCCACCUUCGGUACGAGGCCCAGAAAGCAUUCUCACAGCUCGGCCUACGCUCCACCUGGCGCAGGGGCGUAUUCGUCCCCUCCCGCGACGUACACCAGCCCAACAGGUUACCCUACAACUGGAGGCGCCGGCCCUUACAACCGCGCAGCUUCCCCUUAUAGACCUGUGGGUAAUUUCUCAACUUCACCAAACGUGAGGCCACAAGAAUUCCCCUCCACGUACCCCGGUGGACCCGAUCCCAUCGCUCGGGCAGCAUCACCGUAUGCUGCCCGGGCGCCCUCCCCUUAUGCCGCCCGAGCACCCUCUCCUAAUCCUUAUGGUGCUAGAGCAGCACCAUCUCCUUAUGGUGCCAGAGCAACCUCUCCAAUGCCGCAGGUGCCGCGUGCUGCUUCUCCAAUGCCGCCGGUGCAACGUGCUGCUUCUCCAUAUGCACGCCCUCUGUCCCGUGCACCGUCCCCAUACCAUGGUCAACAGGCGACAUCCACCUAUCCUCCUCCUCAGCGCGCUCCUUCGCCAUUUGUCCCCCCUCCGCAGAUUCAUUCACAAGUAUAUCCCCGUGGGCAUGUCCUCGAGGGUCAGCCUAUGGCGGCCCCUCGGUCGCGAGCACCCUCUCCAAUGCCCGGUGGACCUAUCGGGUCAGGAUUCCCUUCAUCACCCCGUAUGCCCAACACAGGAUUCUCUUCAUCUCCACGUAUGCCCAGCACAGGAUUCUCUUCAUCUCCUCGUAUGCCCAACACAGGAUUCCCUUCCUCCCCCCAAUCAUUGCAACUCGCUGCUCCGGAAGCGUUCUCCCGUCCUCCCAAUGCCGCCCAGCCUUACACUCCGUUCAGCGUGAUGAGGAUUCAAGACAUGGACAAAUUUUACGACCAGAUUCCUCGCAUGCCACUGGUGCUCGACACCCAUGAUGUAUACCACCAGGAUUGGAUCAGAUUCAUGAAUGAUCUUGCUCUUGGGUGGGCCGGCAAGUUGCCCAUUUCUGAGUUCUCCAGGGGUGGCAAUCCGCCUAAGCGGAGCUCACUUGUUGCAGAUUUGAUCAAUCUAUGGAACGAUUCCUUCUUCCGUGCACGUCGCGUCGAGGUGGUCCUCUACAAGGGCCGCGAGCGACGCUCUGGCCCGCACGCUGGGAGUGUGGACAACCACCUUCCAAUGCCUGACUUCGACUCUGAUUCAGACUUGUCGGAUUCCUCUUCUCUCUCUUCGGAGUCUGAAGAUGACAGGUACUACGGUCGCGGCGUUGAUCUCGCUGAUUCUAAGAGAAGGCGCCGAGAGAAGAAAGAGGAAAAGAAGUGGCGCAAGAAGGAAAAGAAGCUGAGGAAAAAGGUCAAGGAACGUGAGAGGCAGUACGCGGUGUACUUGACCUACGUCGCGCCUCGCGACAUGCCCGCUCCAGGAGGGCAUAAUUACUAUGGUUGA